AUGGGUAUCUCUGAACAUGCUGAAGCAAAAUUCUGUGUGAAGAGGAUCAUCCUGGAUGAACUUAAACUAGAGGAAGUAGCGCAACGGCAGACUGAAAUCCAGGGGCCCUCUAUAAAGGAAAAGAUCUGUAACUCUAUAAGGUGCUUUGUGGGACAGUGGAAGAUUUUAACGUGGAUACCAGUUCUGUCCUGGAUCCCCCAGUAUUCUGUUCGGGAGAAUGGACUUGGUGACCUGGUUUCAGGUGUCAGUGUGGGAAUCAUGCAUCUGCCUCAGGGUAUGGCAUACGCUCUCUUGGCUUCUGUCCCACCUGUGUUUGGUCUCUACACUUCCUUCUAUCCUGUACUGGUGUACUUCAUCUUUGGCACUUCUAAACACAUCUCCAUAGGAACCUUUGCGGUGAUUAGCAUAAUGAUCGGGAGCGUCUCAGAGCGAUUGGCUCCUGAGGAUCGCUUUCUGACCAAUGGGACAAAUGGAUCAGUGGUCAUGGAUACAGAGGCGCGAGACGUACAGCGGGUGAAAGUGGCUGCAGCAACGACAUUACUGUGUGGUAUCUUUCAAGUUUUAUUGGGUCUUGUUCGGUUCGGGUUUGUAGUAACGUAUCUCUCUGAGCCAUUAGUGCGGGGCUACACGACAGGUGCGGCCACUCACGUCAUCACCUCUCAACUCAAAUACAUGUUUGGAGUUUCACCCAGACGAUUCAGUGGACCCCUGCAGCUGCUUUAUACUCUGGUGGAGCUAGGCAGUUUAUUACCACAGACUCACAUUCCCACUCUGGUGAUCAGUCUGGUGGCUCUCGCAGCUCUGAUCAUUGUGAAAGUGAUCAACUCCUGCUACAGUCACAAAUUACUCCUCCCUGUUCCUAUAGAGCUCAUGGUGAUUAUUGCAGGGACUCUUGUUUCUCAUUAUACUGAUCUUGAAGCUGUUAAUGGUGUAGAUGUGGUGGGAGAAAUUCCUAGUGGGCUGGUGCCACCCAGAGUCCCAGAGGUGGGUUUCUUCUCCUCAGUGGUAGGAGAUGCGUUUGCCGUGGCUGUGGUGGGAUACGCCAUCAGCAUUUCUCUGGGCAAGACUUUUGCUCUCAAGUAUGGAUAUAAAGUAGACAGCAAUCAGGAGUUGGUGGCAUUGGGGUUCAGUAAUGUCAUUGGUGCCUUCUUCCAGUGCUACUCUGUCACUUCCUCACUAUCUCGCAGUCUUGUCCAGGAGAGCACAGGGGGAAAAACACAGGUGAUAUUCCGCUUGACAAAAAACAUACUAUGCAUUAAAUUGAUCAAAAUUGUCUGUGUCUGUCAUCAGGCUGUGCUUUCCACCAUCGUGUUUGUGAAUCUGAAGGGAAUGUUCAUGCAGUGUCAGGAUAUUCCUGCUCUAUGGAAGAGCAACAGAGUAGAUCUGCUGGUGUGGCUGGUGACAUUUCUCUGUACUGUUCUGCUGAAUCUGGAUCUGGGUCUGGCAGCUUCCAUCAUAUUCACACUGCUCACAGUGAUCUUCAGGACUCAACGUCCCAGGUACUCUUUACUUGGCAGGGUUCCUGACACAGAACUGUACUUAGAAACAGAAUCAUAUAAGGAGGCUAAAGCAAUCCCAGGUAUCACUAUCUUCCGUUCAUCUGCAAUGCUGUACUAUGCAAAUGCUGAACUCUAUCAAGAGGCGCUGUUGGAGAAGAGUGGAAUCAAUGUUCCAAAGCUGAAAAAGAGGAAAGAGGAGGAGAAGGCAAAAAAGAGACCAGAGAAGGAACAAGAUAAACAGACUGGAGUUCUGAGAGAUUUAGCGAACAGAUUGCUGGUCUCCAUGAAGAAUGUGAGUGAAUCUGUGCACUGCCAAAGAACAGACCAUGAACACAUCAUCAAUGACAACAGCAUAGCAACAGUAAGCCAUGGUAACAUGAACUGCAGCUUUCAGCCAGAGCAGGACUCUGAGGAGGAGGAACAGGACAAGACAGACACAUACACCUCCAGCUGUGACAAUGUGCAGGAACACACACACUCCAUCAUCCUGGACUUCACUCCUGUCAGCUUCAUCGACACAGUCACCCUGAAAACACUGAAAAACAUAUUUCAAGAUUUUGCUGAAGUAGAUGUCACUACUGUUUACAUCGCUGGAUGUCAAGUGUGUGUAGUCGAGGAAUUGGAGCGAGGAGAAUUCUUCUCACAGUCCACUAAAAAAAGUCAGCUUUUCCCAUUUAUCCAUGAUGCUGUGCUGCACUGCCUGUCGAGAAAUCUAUCCAGCUCUGAGUUUGCACUGGUGAGACUGUGA